AUGUUGUUGGUACAUGCUGCUCGAAGAGUUUUGCGACCGAUAGGAAAACUUGCUUCCCUGCGUCAUACAUCUUUAAUAUUGCCAUCUAAUGGUACCUUUAGAACAAAAUGGUUGUCGGGAAAGGAUGCAGAGGGUCCAGAAGUGGCCGUUGGUGUGAGAAGUGGAGCAGAUGAUGAUCCGAUCACAAAUACGAGCGAUAAACCAUAUCUUGGUGAACCGGGUGAUCCACCAGUACAGAUGUUUUAUUAUCGAGAAGCACCACCUCAAAAUACUAUGCGAUUGGAAAGAUUUAUGCUCACUUUAACAAGUUCAUUAAUGUGGGGCUGGUUUGUAUAUCAUUUGUAUUACAACUACGGCGAACUAAUCGGUGAAUAUUACAUUCCUGCUCCAGAGGAAUUUUCGGAUGAAGAACUUGGAAUCCCACCAGAUGAUGCGCCGGACCCGGAAUACUGGGGUGAUCAUCCAUUGUCUAGAGGCAUGUAG